GGAAAAGGGCUUUGUUUCAGUUCGAUUUCAGCUUUAAAGACGAAGGUUUCUCUAGGCGCAUUGAAAAAUGAAAAUUUUGCUAAUGUUUGCCAUUUUGGCAACAUCAUGGACAGCCAUCAGGGCUCAGUGCGAGAGUCUCUCGCAUAUGCAAAAUCGCUGGAAAGCGCUGCAACAAACCAAGGUAAUGCUGGAGAAACAAGAUAAGCAACUGCAAUUGGUCUGGAAUGAUCAAUCGAAUGGGUACCCAGAAAUACAGGCACUUGACGUAUCGAUCGGGAAUCUGCAGGAACAACUUUGUCAACAGAUAAUAAUAUCCAAUCAAACUGGAAUUCAAUGGACGCUUCAGAGUGAACUGUCGGACCUUCAGGCCAGAGUAAAGAAUUUACAGUCGUUGGUCUCCAAUGGGCUUAAAGAAAAAUAUUACCAACAGUGCUUUAAUAAACCAUGGCGGCCGAUUAUAAUAGUAGACUGCGUGAAACCAGAUGUACCCCCACCGAUCCCAGAUUAUGUAACAGGACCCGGCUGGCUUGUUAUCCAGAAUCGAUUCGACGGCUCCGAAGAUUUUUAUAGGAGUUGGGCUGAAUAUCGAGAUGGCUUUGGGAAUCGGAACGGAGAGUUCUUCCUCGGACUGGAGGUUAUUCAUCGUCUAACCAACUACCAGCGACACGAGCUGUUAGUCCUGGUGCAGACAGAUGGUAUCUACGAGAUUUACUGGGCUCGAUACGAUAACUUCAUUAUAGGCUCCGAGUCUGAAAAGUACAAUCUUAAAAGUCUUGGCAAAUUUGAGGGUGUCGUAGAUAAACUGUUCGUUCAUGUGGGCAAGGAUUUUUCGACUUAUGACCGAGAAAAUAGCCCUCAAAAUUUAUCUAAAUUAUAUCAUGGUGGCUAUUGGUAUGUCGAUUCUUCAGUGUGUACUAGCAACCUUAAUGGCAAAUAUUACGCUAUAGGAAAGGCAAAGGACGGAAUUCACUGGGAUGGUAUAUAUGAUAAUAAAGCAACAAAAAUGAUGAUUCGACCGUUGUAUUUAUAAAUAGUAAAACAAUGUCUUCAGUCAUAUUGAAUUGAAACAUAAAACGAAAUAAAAAGUGCAAUUGGAA